UCUACUCACUAUAUAAAAGGCUGAACAUUUGGACAAACAUACAUACAAAUAUUCGCAAAAUGGUGUCUGACUUCAGAAGGAUAAAGUUAAUGUACAUGUUCAAAGUAUUGGACAAAGAUGGCAAUGGGACUAUAGAAAAGAAGGAUUUUGAAAUGGCGUGUUGCUUUGUAGUAUGUCGAGCACAUUCGAAACAUCGAGAACUGAAACAAGGCGAUGUAGCUGAUGAAUGCUUUGACAUGGUGUGGGAUGCCUUACAAAAGGUAGGAGACGCGAACAGCGACGGUCAAGUAAAUGCGGAGGAGUGGGUCGCAAUGUGGGACACAGUGAGUAAGAGUGCAGCGGACCAAGACUGGUUAAAUAAAUACUGCAAGUUCGUAUUCAAAAUGCAGGACAUCAACGGUGAUGGUUACAUCGAUAGCGAUGACUUUGUAGCUGCCAGCGUAAAAUGCUUUCCGGAAACUUUCUCAAGGCAAGCCAAAUAUCUCUCUGACUGA